UGAGUUAAUGCGGAAGGCACUCCGACAGUGCCUGGUGCAGGGCCUUCUCUGGGUGGUUGCAUUCUUGCACUCCCGCUUUCUGGUGUAAUGCUCUAUUACGUAGGAAGACAAGAUAGGGGUCUGAGCCUUUAACGCUGAGGACAACGCUCAGGGAGGUCGAAUGCUUUUCCCAGGGGUCAAAGAGUCAGUGAAUGGAAGAUCUGAGCCCAGAAGAUAAAUUGUUUUAAAACCCAAUUCAGUGCUUUUUCCGUUGGAAUCACUGCUGCUCUUCGCUCACGCUGGGUUCGGAGCGUGUGCUGGAAUGGUUAGAACUGAAAAUGGGUCUCUUUGGUAAUCAGAUAGGGUGCAUGUUUCUUAGAAUUUGUUUGAAAGUGGUUUUGGGUGUGUCUCUUAGUGACUCAGGUUUGGCGACUAGAUUCAGAAUCUUUGUAGGGUCACUGGUUUCCUCUUGGAGCGGAGCAGUGGGGUGGCAGGAUGCCUUUAUGUUGAUGUUGAUGAUUACACGGGCAGCUGUGGGCAUUUGUGCAGCAUGUGCCAGGCACGCUACAGGUGCAGUAGCUCGGGAUGGGACACGACUCUGCAAGACGCAGAGUCAGGCUCUUGAGAGUGUACAGACUUGAGUAGGGGUUGGUGGCAGGCAGAGUGGUCAUCGCGGCUCCGUGCAAAUGGUGGGGUAGGCACCAGAGCUGCGUGCUGUCUGCUGGGCAGAGAAGGGACAACACCCACGGCCCGGGGAAGGACUCAGCCAGCAGAUCGCAGAGUUGACAGCAGCAUGUUUUGCCUGGUGACGCUCAUCCUGAACUUGGUGUUACUGAAUUAUUCCUGGGGCCUGAGUGACCCGAUUGUUUCCACCCGUGAGCUAACAGUGCAUGUGGGUGAUUCGGCUCUGAUGGGCUGUGUUUUCCAGAGCACAGAAGACAAACUCGUGACCAAGGUGGACUGGACGUUCUCCUCCGGAGAGCGCGCCAAGGACGAAUACGUGCUCUACUAUUAUGCCAACCUCAGCGUGCCUGUGGGGCGCUUCCAGAACCGUGCGCGCCUGGCGGGGGACAUCUUGCGCAAGGGUGGCUCCCUGCUGCUCCAAGAGGUGCAAGAGGCUGACCAGGGGACCUACACCUGUGAAAUGCGCCUGGAAAAGGAGAGUGCCGUGUUCAAGAAGGCAGUGGUGCUGCACGUGCUGCCCGAGGAGCCCAGAGAGCUCACGGUGCACGUGGCUGAUUCGAUUGUGAUGAGGUGUGUUUUCCGGAGCACGGAAGACAAUCUUGUGACCAAGGUGGACUGGACGUUCUCCUCCGGAGAGCGUGCCAAGGUGGAGGCCGUGCUCCGCUACCACCCCAAGCUCACCACACCAGGGGAGUACUCCCGGAGCUGGGGCCGCUUCCAGAACCGUGUGAACCUGACGGGGGACAUCUCCCGCCACGAUGGCUCCAUCGUGCUCCGGGAAGUGAAGGCAUCCGACGGAGGAAGCUACACCUGCAGUGUCCACCUGGGGGACCUGGUGUUCCGGAAGACAGUCGUGCUGAGUGUGAUCCGGGAAGAAACACUGGUGGUCCCAGCCACCGUUAGACCUGAACUCCUGGGUGGGAAUCAGCUGCUCAUCUUGGUGGGCAUCGUCUGUGCCACGAUCCUGCUGCUCCCUGUCUUGAUACUGAUCGUGAAGAGGACCCACGGCAGUAAGAGUUCCACAGAUUCAGCAGCCAUGGUAAAGAACCUGAAGAACGCGAAGAAGGCUCAGCCAGAGAAACACGUGUACUCCUCGAUAGCUACACGGGAAGUGACCGAGGAAGAAGAUCCGAGUGGGAAAUCAGAGGCCACCUACAUGACCAUGCAUCCGGUGUGGCCCACGCCGAGGUCAGAUCCGAAUAGCCCAGUGCAUAAGAAGUCAGCCGGGAGAGUGCCAGGACCACAGCCAGCUCUGUGAGAAGAAGAGAGUGUUCCCUCCUGCUCACCGUGGCGGAGGCCUGAGCCCCUGCACCUGUUGUUCCAGAACCUGCCCUGGGAGCUCCCCUCCUGCCUCUCUGCUCCUUCCCGGGGCUGAUGAUGGAGGGUUUUGAGCCUGUUGGCAAGCCUGAGACAGCCCUGUUGGAACAGGGCCUGAUGAAGGGAGGGGCCAGGGCACAGCCCCUGGCCAUGGGGAUCCUGGCUGAGCCCCUGCAGCAGCCUCAAACACAGCCUUGGGUGGGAUCCUUGGCCUGGGAUCACUCUUGGGGAUGAGUCCCUGGGAGGAGUCCCAGAGACAAAACCAAGCCAAACAAUUCCUUUGCUAAGUUGUCCCUAAUAAAUGUGGUCUGUGGAAUCGUC